AAAUAAAAUAAAAGUUUAUUCAGACAGGCUAAUUGGUCAUACUUUGACAUAAAUACCGAAAUUAAAACCAUUUUCACUUUUCUCUACCUUCGUCUCAGAUCGCUCUCGAAAAUUAGGGUUUCGUGAUUUUCGUCUAACUGCAGUAACAACACCAUGAAGCCACGACAGUCUUCGUUGAAUCCAUAUGCAGCAGCAUACGUUCCAGUCUCUAAAAGGGAUGCUAAUGCUAAUGCUAGUGCUAGAUUUUACGCGACGGAAGAGGAGAAUAACAGUUCGCAAGACUACGACGGGACUGCGUGGUUUCAGCCUCCUCAGUAUGCUGGGAAUAAUGUCCAGCUUCUCAAGAAUAAUCCGCAAAGGCUCUCUCCGGGGAAGAGUCAGCCUGGUUCUAGUUCCUACUUUUCGUCACAGCAGAGUGUAGCGCCGCUGGCAGAUAAGCAUUUUAUGGAUGAAGAGGUUGAUAUAGAUUUGGAAUAUCUUAGGAUGACGUUUCCGGGGAUAUCGGAUGAGUCGCUUGUAGAUGUUUACAAUGUAAACGGUGGGGACCUGGAUGCUGCUGUUGAUAUGCUCAGCCAACUUGAGUUUGAUGAUGCUGUUGACUCUUCUGGAAAUCUUCCAGACUCACUGGAUAUUGGUGAUGUUUCAGAGCCUGCACUACCAGCUAAUUCUCCUUCAUCAAAACAGAAGAAUGCGACAGCUGAAGCCAGUACUUCAUUUGGUCACUUGUGAAUUGAUUACCAAAUGUGAAUGGUGAAUUGUUUUUCUACCCACAAUUGGUUUGGUUGGAUAUAAAUAGUGUAAAAACAGGAAAUUUUACUUUAGGUGAAGACCUUUCACAUGUGUCGGUUUAUAGACUGUAUAGUCCUCAGCUGCGUCUUGUUUUGAUUGAUAUGGUCUGAAAUGUUUUCUUUUUGAUGAGUUGCUUGUGCAGCGUUCCACUGUAUGAAUUUGAAGGCCAGUGAAAACAAAGUUGGCCAAAAGAGUUAUAAGGAAAAUACACACCCAAGUGAAGGUGUUAUUCCCUUGGGAUAGAUAGGUAGCUUGUGGACUGCCUGAAUUGUACCUUGGUGAGCAACUUUGGGGCUUUUACAAUAGAUAUAAUACAUUAGUUUUGUUUGUCUUUC